AUGGCUCCUACCAUUCUAGUUGUUGGCGCGACUGGCAACACCGGCCGAGGUGUUGUUGAAACGCUGCCGAAACUGCUCGGUUCUGGCGGUGCCUUGUCCGGUCAUCGAGUCGUUGCCCUCACACGUUCUUUGGCUAGCCCGGUCGCACAAAGGCUUGCUACACUAUCUGGUGUUGUCGUAUUGGAGAAAAAUUGGGUUGACAUCACCGCUGACUGGCUGCGCGAGCACGAAGUCGUAAGGGUGUUCAUUGCACCCCACAACCAGCCAACUCAGUUUCCUGACGAGUCCACGUUCCAUCUUGCCGCUCUCAAAGCAGGCGUCCAAUAUGUCGUACGGAUCUCCACGACCGCACCGAAUGUCCGACCGGACUGCGAGGCCUACUACCCACGUUCGCACUGGGCCAUCGAAGCGCUUCUCAGCUCGCCUGAAUUUAGAGCCUUACAGUGGACUUCACUGCAACCGAAUAUAUUUUCCACUCUGUACUUGUCUUCGGCUGCCGAGCUGAUCAAGCAGUAUCGCGAAACUGGACAACAAAACACGCUCAAGUUGAUUGCAUCUCAAGAUGCCCCGGUUGGCAUUGUCGAGGCUUACGAUGUCGGGGUCUUGGCAGCCCAGCUGUUGUGUCAAGAGGACACUACUGUGCACAAUAAUGCCAGAUAUGUUAUAAAUGGCCCUGAGGAUAUUACGGGAGAGCAGAUUGUGAAGAUGGUUGAGGAUCACAUCGGGACCAAAGUGCAGAGUGUCAGCUACAAGGACUUGUCAUUCCUUGAGUCUAUGGCCAGCUCAGUGAUUCAAGGAGACAGGCACCUCAUGUUGUCCCUCAAGAAUGCUCCAGUAACGGCGUGGGAGGGGAAAUGCAUGGCUUCCACAACCAGCAAGGAGGUACUGCAGCUCGCCGCACCUACUCGGACGCCUGCUGAAGUGCUAGAAACCCUGUUGGCAGAAUGA